CACACACGCACAUCCCUCACCACCAGCCUCAUAGGCGGGUGUCAGGGGGACGAUCCCGGAACCUGAGCUCGGUAGGCAGGGCCACCAUUUCCGUAAUGCUCAUUAGAUUUAGAGCGAGCAAUAUUUGCCCGAGCUCAGCUGCUGCGACGCACUGUAUCGUCUGUGACCCGCUCGCCAUUUUAAUCAGCCAUUUGAGGAAUAUACACACCGACACGUCAUACGGCGAGACAGCUCUCCAUAAUGAUGGAAAUGGAGGUGGCGCAUUCCAGUCAACAGGACAUGGACCUGAUUGACAUACUGUGGAACCAGGACAUCGAUCUCGGAGCCAGGCGAGAGGUGUUUGACUACAACCACCGUCAGAAAGAGCAUGAGCUGCAGAGGCAGCGGGAACUGGAGGAGGAGAAGAGGCUGCAUCUGCUCCGGGAACAGGAGAAAGCUUUGCUUGCACAGCUUCAGCUCGACGAGGAGACUGGAGAGUACAUACCCUGCCCACCACCCAGCACCCCACCACAGGCGGCUGUCACACCUCUAGAGGUUACACAGGAUGUCGGCUUCACAGACGAGAAUGAUGCCACCAUGUCAUUUGAUGAAUGUUUGCAGCUACUGGCAGAGACAUUUCCUAUAGAGGAGACUGAGAACACUUCAGUUUGCCUGGACACAACUGCAGUUUCAGUUCCCAGUAGCAGCAAUGUCAUGAUGUCCCCCGAGCAGCCAGCUCUGCCAUCAGCCACCCUCUCCCCAGCUCCACUGCCGCCACCACAGAGGAUGUCUCCAGAUUUGGAGCAAGCCUGGAUGGAGCUUCUGUCCCUCCCUGAGCUGCAGCAAUGCCUGAGCAUGCACAUGGAUGAACCACUGGAGACUUUGACUUACCCUCUUCCAAACAGUCCUGAAUUACAGAAUCCAGACUUCACUUUUUACCCCAUGGCGAGCCUCACAGAUGGGGAAACAAGCAGUUUAACUGUUUGUCCUGCAGAGUUUAUGAAUACAUUUGAUGGUUCUGCUCCAAGUAUGGCCCCGGCAGACAACCUCAGCCAAAUGGAGGCAAAAGCUUCUCCGUUAAAUACUAACUUUGAAGAAACUUUCUGUGACAGUUUUUACCCCACCACCAUUCUGGAAGAGAGCAGCAGUCAGCAAGGCCUUGAAGGAAAUGAAGACACCACUUCGUCUGAUAUCACAAAACCUCCCUUCACACCCUUGGACCUUUACAGCCUCUCACCUGGGGAUGCAUUUGACAGAGGCAAACACAGCCUGACAGCUGAAAUGCCAGAUUCAGAUUCAGGAAUCUCUUCAAACACAAGUCCAAAUGCUAGUUCACCUGGGAAAUCUGUUUAUGGAGAUGGGUCCUUUGGUUACAGUGAUUCAGAGAUAGAGGAGAUGGACAACAACCCUGGAAGUGCAGAAUCUGAAUACUUGGAGAUGUUCUGUCUAAAUUUUCAACCUGACGAUCUUCAGACAGCGGUGACAGGGCAGCCACAACAGCAGCAGGACAAGAAACCCAAACAGAAGAACACGGACCCAGCAGAGGAGGGUGGUCACAGCGAUACUCCCUUCACCAAAGACAAGCGGAAGAAACGCUCCAAUGUCCGUCUCUCCAGAGACGAACAGAGGGCUAGGGGCCUCAAAAUCCCCUUCACUGUCGACAUGAUCAUCAAUCUUCCUGUUGAUGACUUUAAUGAGUUGAUGUCAAAGCACCAACUGAAUGAGGCCCAGCUGGCCCUGGUCCGAGACAUACGCCGCCGCGGGAAGAACAAGGUCGCUGCCCAGAACUGCCGCAAACGCAAGAUGGAGAACAUAGUGGGUCUGGAGGGCGAGCUGGAUUCACUGAAGGAGGAAAAAGAGCGUCUGCUGGAUGAGAAGAGCCAGAACAUCAAAAACUUGAAGGAGACAAAGCAGCAGCUCAGCAGCUUGUACCUGGAGGUCUUCAGCAUGUUGAGAGAUGAGAGUGGGAAUUCCUUCUCCCCUUCAGAAUACUCCCUCCAGCAGUCAGCUGACGGCACCAUCUUCCUUGUUCCUCGCAUUAAAAAGACUUUCAUUAAGAGCAAAGACAACCGCUUAUCUUGUUUGUAAUAUGGUACUGCAUUAUCAUAGUAAUACUAUGCAAUAACUUGGUAAUCACUCAGCUUUAAACCAUUAGUAGCUCAGCAGAACUAUUGUAUAGUUUUUGCAUAUUUCUCUUGAAUGUUGUAAUAUUUUUGAUAUUUUACUUUUGUACUCUGAUACCUGUCUUUAACCUAUAUUGUUUGUAAAUAUAAGCAUACUUUUGAGAUGGAUAAAGGUGUACUGUAUGUGUGUACAUGUAUAGUGUAUAUAUUUCUGUAUGCUAAUGAUUGUUUCAAUCAUUGCUACUCAUUUUAUAACUUUACUUUUAAGAUUCGCUGC